AUGCCGCAAUUAGAAAAUCAAGAUGUCAUUGAAAAAGUGCCCGAAAAUGAAGCUACUGCUUGGGUUUCACCAAUUGUAGCUGUUCCCAAAAAAGAUGGACAGGUUCGCAUAUGUGUCGAUAUGCGGCUCGCAAAUGAAGCUAUAAGACGAGUACGCCAUCCUAUACCAACAGUAAAUGAUGUUAGUUUUGCCCUGAAUGGAGCAAAAUUUUUCUCGAAACUUGAUUUGAGCCAAGCGUAUCAUCAGUUAGAACUGGAUGAACUGCAGUCUCGUUAUAUAACAACCUUUAGCACUCAUGUAGGUUUGUAUCGCUACAAAAGACUAAACUAUGGUACAAACGCUGCAGCGGAGAUAUUUCAGUACACACUCCAAACUGCACUGCAAGGGCUUAAAGGCGUCAAGAACAUAGCUGACGAUAUCAUUGUAUUCGGCUCAACAAGAACUGAACAUGACGCUAAUCUUGACAAAUGUCUACAACGACUUGCAAUGAAGGGCUUACGACUAAACCGAAGCAAGUGUAAUUUCCUUAGUACUACAUUGUCAUUUUUCGGACAGGUCUUUUCGAAAGAAGGUACUCAUCCUGAUCCUAGGAGAGUAGCUGAUCUAUUAAUAAAAUGCACCUCAGCCAAAUAA